GUCUGGACUCGGCACCGCGAAGUCGCCGCUUGUGCCUGGGCGCUGUGCAGUGCUGUCGUGGCUACCCGUGUUGCGGGACCGAGGAGCGUCUGUCCGGCCGCACCUGUGGCUGUCCCCGCUGGCGUUGCGUGGAAUACAGUCCGCCUUGAGUCGAGACGGGCAGCAGCCAGGGGUCACUCACCGCGCCUGCCCCGCCUGUCAUGUAUCCGGAGACUCUCUUGCCUUGGGGAGAAGGGAUCUUCCAGAAUAGCGAAUGUUUCAAGGAUGUGUGUAUUUGAGGAAAGUCCGGGAAGGGCGAUCUUGAGAACGGUGUGUCUGUUCGCCGCUGCUUGAACUUUCUUAUUUCUCGGAGACUCUUUAUGUCCUGAGCGCUGGUUGCAUAGAGGUGAAUGAAGCUCAAGCGGUCAAGGAAGGCUCCUUGUGAGUGGUCCUUGGAUCGCCUAACAGGUUGAGGGAAAACUGGCAAGAAAAAUGGCUCUGAUGACAGGGUGCAGUCCUGCAUUUGCCAUGCAGCACAUUGUGGCUGUGCCCCAUGGACUGGUACGGAGAAGCCUCCUUGGAACGGACCUCCUCAUGACAAGGACUCUGUGCAGUCCAGGUCCCAGCCAGCCCAGAGAAAAGCGACCAGAGGCUGCAGCCUUAGGGCUGUAUCACCGCCUCCCGGCAUUGGGAAGAGCAUUGGGCCACAGCAUUCAGCAACAAGCGACCUCCACAGCCAAGGCUUGGUGGGACAGAUAUGAAGAGUUUGUGGGACUCAAUGAAGUUCGAGAGGCCCAAGGAAAUGUAACCGAGGCAGAAAAGGUGUUCAUGGUGGCUCGUAGCCUUGUCCGAGAGGCUCGGGAGAAUUUAGAGGCUCAGCAGGCUAAGCUGAAGGAGGUGAGGGAUCGUUUGGACCGAGUCUCCAGGGAGGACAACCAGUACCUGGAGCUGGCUACUCUGGAGCACAGGAUGCUGCAGGAAGAGAAGAGGCUCCGAGUAGCCUAUAUGCGUGCAGAAGACUCUGAGCGGGAGAAGUUCUCUCUCUUCUCUGCAGCUGUGCGGGAGAGUCACGAGAAGGAGCGCACACGGGCUGAGAGGACUAAGAACUGGUCCCUCAUUGGCUCAGUUCUCGGAGCGCUGAUCGGUGUGGCUGGCUCCACCUAUGUUAACCGUGUCCGGCUACAAGAACUGAAGGCCUUACUCCUGGAGGCACAGAAAGGGCCCGUGAGUCUCCAGGAGGCCAUCCGUGAACAGGCUUCUAGCUACUCCCUCCAGCAGAGAGACCUCAAGGACCUCAUGGUGGAUCUGAGGGGCCUGGUGCAUGCUGGGCAGGGCCAGGGCUCUGGGUCACCAACAGGUACUUCUUCUACCAGAGGAAAAGACAUAGAUGCCCUUUCAGCUGCCAUGAAAGAGCAGCUCAGUCAUUCCCAGCAGGUCCAUUCCUGCCUGGAGGGUUUACGAGAGCGGCUUGAUGGCCUGGAAAAGACUUACAGCCAAAUGGCUGGGUUGGUUCAGCUUGCAAAGGCUACAGCACAUCCAGGCCUGGAGGAGCCAGCAGACGGGGCCCUGCCCAGCUCUUUGCUGGAACAAGGGAGCAUGAUCUUGGCCCUGUCUGAUGUGGAGCAGAGGCUAGAAGCCCAAGUCAACAGGAAUUCUAUCUACAGCACACUGGUCACCUGUGUGACAUUUAUGGCCACGUUGCCCGUGCUCUACAUGCUGUUCAAAACCAGUUAGCCUUGGGGGCCUCUUCAGAGGGGCCUGAGGGUGAAUGUGGCUUUUGCUGGUGAUAUGACAAAUCUUGAGGUACACACAAACGCAAACUGAGUACCAUCUGAGAGGCUCACUGGCAGUUAUAUUUUAUUUUGUAGGUAAUGCUUAUUCACAUUAAUUAUCAAAACUUUGCAGAUGUCCAAUUAAAAUAUAUAAGAAUUUGUAUUAUUUAAAAGAUUUUUA